CGCAGGCAGAGGAAUCGAGCCACUACCUCAUAGGAGAAUUGCCUCGAACUGGUUCACGGUUCCUCUUGACUUCUUCCUCCCCUUUCCUUUCUCUUCCAUUCUCCGAUCCUUCUCUUCCAGAGGUUUCAAUCUCCAUCUCUUUCAUCUGCACUUUCCAGAUCUUCAUCAGUGCGGCAUUUCGUAGUAUCCGAUCCUUUUUUUUUCUUUUUUUUUUUUCUGGAUUAAUCUAAUCGGCCACCUGCAUUAGAGAAGUAUUAUCUAUAUUCAUAUGUUCUAGCAUUGAUCGGAGGUGGAGAGUCUUAGCUACAAUCUCGUUUUUUUGUAUAGUAGAUUGAGAGAGAAAGAGAGAGAGAGAGAGAGAGAGAGACCUGGAGAGGGAAGGGCGGCAAUGUCGUGGCUUAGAGCAGCGGUGAUCAAGGCGGUGGAAGCGAGUUCUGGACGGAAGGAUAACCUCACCCGCACCGUCCGUAACUACGCUGGCUCCGUCGCUUAUCAUGCAGGAAAUGCUGUCGUGGGAGGCGCCAAGAUCAUCCAAGACCGCAUUGGAAGGAAUAUGCAGUGCUUUAAACAGGCAGUAAAAAGGCUGGAAGAAAUCUCUGUUUCGUCUAGAGGUCCAGAAAGAGUUCAGCUAUUGAGAAGGUGGCUAAUAGCGCUCAAAGAGGUGGAUAGAUUGUCAUCAGGUCCUGUCGAGGGGGGUAAAAACAGUCCGACAGAUCAGAUUAACGAUGAAAAUAAAGAUUCUCCGAAGAGACCUGCGGUGGUCUAUUAUUUGGACCCAGAUAUGGGAAGCGAGCUGAGAACUUUUCGUGAUGUGUUUCUUACAAGCCAAGCUCUAGAAGGCAUUACGUUGUCUAUGAUUCUCGAGGAACCUAAUGAAGAAGAAGAAUCACUACUUCUUGAGAUAUAUGGGCUCUGUCUUUCAGGAGGAAAGGAAGUACGUCAAGCAGUAAUGACGAGUGUGCACACUUUGGCAAAAGCAUUUUCAGAAUACCAAGAUGAAGUACUGGUGAAACGAGAUGAACUGCUUCAAUAUGUCCAAGAUGCAAUUUCAGGGCUGAAAAUAAAUGCUGAUUUUGAUAGAAUAGAUGCUAAAGCAUGUAGCGUGAAAGAGAAACUUGAUGAAAAGCAGGAAGAGCUGACGCCUUCAAGUGGAGACCAUGACAACACAUUUGAUAAUGGAAGUACAACUUCUAAGAUUCUACAAGAAAUACUUUCACGAGUUCAAUUAUGCUCCAAGUUGGAGGAGCUCCUAGUCAAGAAGAAGCUUUUCAAUGAUGGGAAUUCUGCACAGCUUCAUGCUGAAAAGGUUGAGAAACUGAGAAUUUUGUCAGAAUCUUUGGCUAAUUCUACCUUGAAAGCAGAAAGACGUACUGUAGACCACAGCAGAGAGCAGAAAGAGGAGGCACUUAACUAUCGGGUAGCUAAAUCCAAGGAAAUGGUCCAAGCUGAAAAGGAAUUGACAGAUGAGAUUGGAGAUCUUGAAAACCAAAAGGAUCAACUGGAAGCUGAAUUAAAAAAGGUCAAUGCUUUGUUGUCUGCUGCUCGUAUGCGCCUUCAUAAUGCAAAAGAAGAAAGAGAGCAUUUUGAUGAAGCGAGUAACCAGAUACUUGUGCACUUGAAGACAAAGGAAGAUGAGCUGUUCAGAUCUGUUGCUUCAUAUAAAGUAGAAGCCAAUGCUGUAAAUGCAUGUAAAACCUUUUUAGAGCAUACAUGGAACCUCCAGACAUCCCAAAGACAACAAAAGGAGGAGAAUGUCAAUGGUGAGCUGGAAAAAUAUGGAGAUUAUUUUGUGAAGUUGGUCACCAGCCUUCUCACUUCUUACAAGGGAAAGUUGGAGCCCUCACUUUCUUGUAUCAGGAUACUUGAGGAGAACUUGAGUUCAAUGAAGGGGUCAGAUGCAAUGUCCAAUAUUGAUGAUAGAGAUUUAGAUGUCAAUAAUGAACGGAAAAAGCUCGAAGAGGAAUAUUUGGAUAUCGAAUCUAAGUUUGUUUCCACCUUAAGCACUGUGGAUACAGUAAGAAUGCAAUUCUACGAUACAAAAGGAGUUGUCAGGAAUCUUGGCCUGCGAGUACAAGAGUUAUUUGAUGCACUUGAAAAAAUAAAAAAAGAAUUUGAGUCCAUCAAGAGACCGAGAUUGUUGAUCGAAACUUUUAGACAAAAACCAGAGUUACGAGUCAAAGACAGGAUACGUAGAACUUCAAGUUUGGCGUCCGUAUCCAAACAGACAGCCGAAGUACGAAGAUCAAAUUAUGAAGAAAUGGAUGACUCCUCCUUAGUAAAGAGAACAAAGAAUUUUAGCAUGGAAGCAGAAAUAGCAAAACUAGAUUCGGACGAGGGGAUGGAUACAUACGACUCAAUUGACGAGAUAAACGACUGGGAAUUUGACGAACUCGGAAGGGACUAUGAUGCACCAUCCAACCACCAAAGAAUAUGAAACUUCAUCGGGUACAUACUUAAACUCAAUUCUUUAUAAACUGCAAGAAAAAAAUUAAGAGAAUGCAUGAAAUUAUUGUAACGCUUAAUGAUUACACCACCCCCCUGCCCAUAUAGUAGCCUGUUACAGAAAAAA